UAAAAUGUCUCUUUUUCAGACCACAGAUAAGUAUAGGAGUCAAUGUGCAUUUUGGAACUACUUACCUGACACCAUGAAUGGCAGCUGGUCUUCGGAGGGCUGUGAGCUGACAUACUCGAAUGAGACCCACACCUCAUGCCGCUGUAACCACCUGACACAUUUUGCAAUUUUGAUGUCUUCUGGUUCUUCUAUUGGUAUUAAAGAUUAUAAUAUUCUUACAAGGAUCACUCAACUAGGAAUAAUUAUUUCACUGAUUUGCCUUGCCAUAUGCAUUUUUACCUUCUGGUUCUUCAGUGAAAUUCAAAGCACCAGGACAACAAUUCACAAAAAUCUCUGCUGUAGCCUAUUCCUUGCUGAACUUGUUUUUCUUGUUGGGAUCAAUACAAAUACUAAUAAGCUCUUCUGUUCCAUCAUUGCCGGGCUGCUGCAUUACUUCUUUUUAGCUGCCUUUGCAUGGAUGUGCAUUGAAGGCAUCCACCUCUAUCUCAUUGUUGUAGGAGUCAUCUACAACAAGGGAUUUUUGCACAAGAAUUUUUAUAUCUUUGGCUAUCUCAGCCCAGCUGUGGUAGUUGGAUUUUCAGCAUCAUUAGGAUAUAGGUAUUAUGGCACCACCAAAGUAUGUUGGCUUAGCACAGAAAACAACUUUAUUUGGAGUUUUAUAGGACCAGCAUGUCUAAUCAUCCUUGUUAAUCUCUUGGCAUUUGGAGUAAUCAUAUACAAAGUUUUUCGUCACACUGCGGGGUUGAAACCAGAAGUUAGUUGCUGUGAAAACAUAAGGUCUUGUGCCAGAGGAGCCCUUGCUCUCCUGUUCCUCCUUGGCACCACCUGGAUCUUUGGAGUGCUCCAUGUUGUACAUGCAUCGGUGGUGACAGCUUACCUCUUCACCGUCAGCAAUGCCUUCCAGGGGAUGUUCAUCUUCUUAUUCCUGUGUGUUUUAUCUAGAAAGAUCCAAGAAGAAUAUUAUAGAUUGUUCAAAAAUGUCCCUUGUUGUUUUGGAUGUUUGAGGUAAACAGAGAGAACUAUGGAUCAUUAUUGCUACACAGAAAUAAAGAAGCCAAGCUGUGGAUGGCCAAUGUAUAAAAAUGACUCAAACAAAUAGUUCAAUUGUUAAUACUAAUCAAAUAUUUUAAGUCCAUUUUUCUGUUUACUGUGUAAGAACUGUAGAUAAUACGAGAUAAAAUUAUACCAUAUAGCUAUAGUAAGCCUUCCUACAUGACUUAGUUAGCUAGGUCAAAAAUAGUAUUGCAGAUAUUUGGAAAGUAAUUGGUUUCUCAGAGUGAUAUCACUGCACCCAAGGAAAGAUUUUCUUUCUAACACAAAACAUAUAUGAAUGUCCUGAAGGAAACCACUGGCUUGAUAUUUUCUUGAUUCAUGUUGCCUUUGAAACUAGUCCCCUAUCACCUUGGUAAUGAGCUCCGUUACAGAAAGUGGAACAUAAGAGAAUGAAGAGGUAGAAUAUAAAACAGUAAAAAGGGAAUGACGGUUGUAACAAUGAGACAUAUUUUGAGCAAGCUCGUUGUUUUGUAAACUAGAUGGGAAAUUAGAGAUAAAACAAACAAUUGAAUAAACACAUCUUACCAUUCUGUGAAUUGUUCUGAGCUUAAAUUUCUACCGAAACAACUUAGACCUGUAUUUGUUAUAUCCAUUUUCUAUUCUAAUAGUCUAUAAAAACACAAAACUUCACAAA